AUGAUUACUCGAGCAUCUAAACGUAUACUUCGAGGUCUCUUACGAGAAAUACCAAUUACAUAUGUCCCACAUUGCAUUUCACACUUUUUAAAUUGUCUAUUGGGAACGGAAUUUAAUCCUAAUCCUCAACCAUUAACCCCAGAACUAAUUAUCGGAUCAGAAAAUCCUCAAUAUUCAUAUCUUUCAUUAACUCCGGCAACUUUAAUACCUCAAAUACGAGAAAUUAUACUUAUAAGAUUUAGAUAUCGAAUUGAAGAAGAUUUUGUAAACACUGAAGUGAGGAAAUUGCCUUUGUUAAGGGAAAUUUGUUUACGAUUAGGCAUUCAAUUAUCAGCACAAGGAUACCAUUUUGUUAAAAAGAAAUCGAAAAAGAGACCUACCACUUUCGUUCCGGAUGAUAUAGUGAACUUGAUUCCUACUGUGAAACAAGCCACUCCAAAAUAUUCUUUUGCCGAAGAAACUUUUGAAGCUGGUAAACUAACUAUUGCUCAAGGAAAUCGAGAUCUUGGGAUCGAUCUCAUGCUUCAAUCACUAGCUUUACAUGAACAAAGUUACGGAUUUCUUCAUCCCGCAACAGCAAAAUGCUAUUCUGCAUUAGCUAUGUAUUUCUAUCAUCAUGAAGAUAUCGAAAUUGCUAUUGAUUUCCAGAAGAAGGCUGUUGUUGUACUUGAGAGAACUUGUGGCAUUGAUAGUGUAGAUGCUGUCCAUAGACUUUUUGAAAACGCUAUUGGACAUACUGAACUUGGUCUACGUUAUAUGAAACAUGCUAUGUAUUAUUGGGAAGUUAUAUAUGGUCAAUUACAUCCUGACGGUGCUACUGCUGAUCAUAACGUAGGAAUUAUGUUACAAAAUAUGAAAGAUUUUGAGGGAAGCAUAAAAUUCUUUGAAAGAGCAAAGGAUACGAAUGAAAUUAUAUUCGGAAAAUAUAAUUUUGUUACUGGUGAAUCAUAUCAUCUUCUUGCUAAAGCGUUAGCAUUUGCUGGGGACUACAAAGCAGCAUUAAAUGCUGAAAAAUGUGCAUAUAACAUAUUCAUCAAAGUGUUUGGUCCCGAACAUCCAAGAACAAAGGAGACAGAAAUUCUGCUUAAUGAUUUAACAUCUAAUGCUGUACAAAACAUAAGAACAAGUAGUCACCACUUGAACGUAACAACGAAUUCUUUAAAAAAGAAGAAAUGGACAAAAAAGUGA